AUGAAGGGGGCCUUCUCAAAUGCCGUCCUUGUUUUGGCCAUCUCUGCGUGGGCUGCCUUUGCAGUUGACUUCCCUCUUCCUGUGGGCAAAGAGGCUGGCCUAGAAGAGACAAAGGUUGAGUGCAUCAAGAACAUAAAUCAGUGCUGGUUUAUUUCCUACAUCAAGCCAAGUGAACGCAUAUGUGGCAGUGACCAGGUUACCUACAGUGGUGAAUGCCAUCUCUGCUUCAAAAUUCUGUAA